AUGGACAGAACUUUAUGGAAGAAUUCAAUAAUUUCAUACGCCGGGUGGUUUACUAACUCAUUACGCCGACGAAGAUCCAUAUUAUUUGGACUUAUACUCAGCAUACUUCUUUUUGUAGUAUGCGUACAAUACAACGCGUCUAAUGAUAUAGGUAUCCAAAACAUCCAAAACACUUUAGUAAUGUCUGAGUCUGAUGCUGAUGAACAACCCUUGAAUAAACAUCAACCACCAGCGCCAAUUUCGGGUACAGUUAGAAAAAUGAAAAAAGAAGAAGAUGUUAAUUUCAUUGAAGAACUGCAGGAGCCAGCCCGUAAAAGCCGCCGGAUUCAAAUCAAUGAACCUCAACAAUCACUACCGUAUGUGCCUCCUCAGCGAUUAGUGCAUAUCGAUUUCAAAGGAGCACCGCCCAAACUGAGUUACCUUCAAAAACUUUUCCCUUUAAUAAAAAGAUUCGGUGGUACUGGUCUUUUGCUCGAAUGGGAAGACAUGUUUCCUUGGAGUGGAAGUCUAUCUCCAAUAGCUGCCGGAAACGCGUAUUCAAAAGCAGAAAUUAGAGAAAUAUUAAAAAUGGCAGCUAUGAACGGACUGGAAGUAAUCCCGCUAAUACAAACGUUUGGUCACGUGGAGUUUGCAUUGAAACUACCGGAUUUCGCCCACCUAAGAGAAGUCCAAGAGUCACCACAAGCACUCUGCCCAUCGUACAACGCUUCGAUGAAGUUUGUCGAACAAAUGGUUGACCAAAUCCUCGAGAUUCACGGGAAUGUUAACUACUUGCAUAUUGGCUGUGACGAAGUGUUCCACAUGGGAGAAUGUUUCAGGUGCAGGGCGAAAGCCAGAGAAGAUUUGUUCUUGUCACAUGUCAAACAAGUGGCUACGUAUGUACGCACAAAAUCCCCAAACACAAUUCCUAUUAUAUGGGACGACAUGCUAAGACAUUUACCUGUGGCCACAAUGCAGCUAUACGACAUUGGGAAAUUAGUGGAGCCGAUGGUGUGGGUGUACGCUGAAGACGUGUAUAGAUUUGUGAUGCAAAGUGUUUGGGAAAAGUAUCAAAUUGUAUUCCCGAAUGCGUGGACAGCUAGUGCUUUCAAAGGGGCAUUUGGAGAAACUCUAUACAUUCCAAACGUUAAGAGACAUUUAGAAAACAAUUUAAAUUGGUUACAAUUGAUGUCCAACGAAAAUAGUCGGUUUACGGGUGGUUUCAAAGGAAUCGUCAUAACUGGUUGGCAGAGGUAUGAUCAUUUUGCUGUCCUAUGCGAGGUCCUACCGUCAUCCAUACCAUCGAUGGUCGUUAAUCUUUUGGCAACUACAAAUGGCUAUAUGAACCAGUCGCUGCAAACCGAUUUGAACGAAGGACUCAACUGUGGUAUUUUUGGCCACAACAACGAAUAUGACGGAGAUUUCUUAAACUUAAAUAACGAUCCUCAUCUUUGGGAUCAGUUUUCGAGAUGCACAUUUCCUGGGAAUACAUUUUUCAGGUUGCUGUACAGAUUACAUACAAUUGAAAUAGACUACAAUGAUUUUAUAUUGGUGACCACAAAGAAUCGUGGAUGGAUGACUAGCUACAACGUAGAACAUGAAUUUUCAUCUCCACUUCGUGUCGACGAACUCAUGAAUGAUCAUUCUCGUAUAUACCGAUCGCUUUUAUCGAUGGUUAGACCUUUUCAGGAAUCUAUGACUGGGAUCUUUGAUAAAUAUACCAUAUCCGAAUGGAUAGAACAAAGAGUUUAUCCAAUGAUUAAAGAACUGGAAAAAAUACACAAUGAGGCACGUGACUUAAAAGCAAAAAAGACAUGGCCUAAAAGGCCACUUCCUAUGUUGAAAGAAUUAUUAAGGAUUGGAGUUACUGAACGUGAACUUUCUACACCAUCCAACGAAGGGACGUAA